CGACAAUGUUCCGCGCCUUCCAGUGCUAAUUCCAUGUGAAUGUCGCCGGGUCUAAAAUUCUGAAGUAUAAAUUGAGGAGCUCCCCGACCGAUAUGCGGAUGCCUAAUCCCGAUUUCUAGACACUCAAUUGCUUAGGUGAAGAUUCCUCCAAAUGGCUAGCAGGUUUUUGAGCCGGUGCGCUCGCCUCCUGGCUGUGUGCCCUCGGGCUUCUUCAGUCACCAGCCAACUUCAUACACUCACUGCUCACCCACACACAGAGAGUCCACCAUGGUCCCAAUCCCUCAUCCUACCCUCCAUCAGGCCCCUCAGUCUGGGUGCCGGUCCAGUGCAGGCAGAUGAGCCAGAGAUCACAUUUACACGUACUGAACUGGAUAUUCGUGUCGAGAAAGCGACCACACCACAGGAAGUGCUGUCUUUGUGGGCGGAACGAAGCGGCUCCGCCAAUCAAGCGGGCAUGUGUCUGAUCCAACUCAGCCGCCUGGCAGUGGAGAAGAAAGAUAUCGACAGAGCGAAUAUCCUUCAGGACCCUAGUUGUGUGGAUUUGCUCGAAGCUUUGAACGCUCAGGUGAACGUGAUAUGGAAUGGCACACUGGUUUCUGUCCUGCGUGCUCUCUCCAUUCUUGGUGUCCCUUCCAAUGCUCCAGUGAUGUGCUCUCUCCAGACCGAGGCACUGUGGAGACUCCGGCGCUUCAACUACCGCCACCUUUCCUCUCUGGCAGACUGGGCAUCAGGCUGGAAGAGUCAGGGACAGGGAGAUGAGCUAAUGACGUCUGUGCUAAAGCAACUGGAGCUGCGCUGGACAGAGCUGAAUGACCCGCGCACGGUUACCAUGCUCAUGAGCCGAGCUGCAAAACUCUCUCCUCCGCUCAUGGAAAAGCUGGAAGAUAAGGCCCUGGAGUUGGCUGAGAAGUUCAGUACUGAGGACAUCCGCAGGGCGACGUUAGCUGUGGCGUUGCAGGGACGCCGAUCGGUGCCACUCCUGCGUGCACUGUCCUACCACCUGCACCAGAAACCCUCUUCUGAGCUCAGUACACCGCUGCUGCUGGACAUUGUGUUUGCCUAUGGUAAGCUGCAUUUCCACCAGACUCAAGUCUGCCAAAGGAUGGCUGCUGAGCUUCUUCCCAGAUUACCAGAGAUGAGCUCAACUGAAGUCAUGCGUUGUUCAAAGUCUCUAGCCUUCCUGAAGUGGCUCCAUCUGCCUCUGUUCGAAGGAUUUACCCAGCACUUUGUGAAAAACAGUGAAAAGUACAGCACGUUACAGAUGUGUAACCUCCUCAUGGCCUUCGCCAAGCUCAACUUCCAGCCCAGUAACAAGGAGCCGUUUUUCGCAAAGAUUCAUGAAGCUUUGGAAAAUUCCUGGAAGAGUUUGGAACCUUUUGUACUGACCGAUGUAGUCUGGGCGCUCUGCAUUUUCCAGCAGGCCAAACCCGAGUUUAUUGCUGCUGUCACAGAUCCUGCGUUUCAAAGCAAAGUUACAGGUGGCAGUGGUGCUCGUUCAGAGAACUACACGCUGAAAGUGCUUCAUAUCGCAGCCUCCGGACAGCUAGAGUCUGGCAUCCGGGCCAGUGGGCCGCUUCCAGCAGUCCCUGAAAAACACACCAACCCAAGCGUGACACCUGUUCAGAGCACUUUACACAAAGCCCUCCAGAUCCUCACUGAGAAUCGCACUAAAGCCCUGCGCAGAAACAUGGACACGGUGUACGGGUGGAAUAUAGAUGCAGAGAUAGUGGUGGAUUCAGAGAAUAAGCCCAUAGACUUGGACAACCUGGAGGCACCACACUUACCAGGAGGGGGCGGCACUGAGCGCUUACCUCAGGGAGCACGACGAGUGGCUUUCGUGGCCUGGGAGUUCCCUCACUUUGCCUCAAAGAGCAAAGAUCUCCUGGGCCGCUUCGCCAUGCAGAAGAGACACCUGCAGCUGGCCGGGUUUCUGUUAGUGGAGGUUCCAUACUUCGAGUGGCUGGAGUUGAAGACAGAUUGGCAGCGAGUGUCCUAUCUCAAGGAUAAGAUCGGGAAGGCUGUAGCUGAGGACAUGGCUAAGUGAGCUUAUGGACUGCAGCACAUCCACAGACCAAAGCAGAACUUCAGAAACCAAGAAAAGGCAAAUACUUUUUGGGCACCGAGUUGUUUAGAUCCAACCAGAGACCAUUAGAGAAUGAAGCUCAUAAAACGUUCAUUUAUUUACAAAUCAUAAAUGUUCAUGGACAUUGAAAUUCAGGAUUUCUCUGCAGAAAUGAUAUAAAAGCUGAACACACUCUUUAACUGAACUUAAAAUACUCUACAGUUAUUUAUUCUGAGUUUCCGAGGUUCCAAGGCCUUAUUAGCAUUCUGUGAAGAAAAAAAACUGCUUCAUCUCAAGUUCAUUAGUUUUAAAGUGUAAUUGAAACCAAUCUGUAUUUCAGGUCUUCAUCUUAUCAUGUACCUUUUGUGAAUGUAUGUACAUCAGUAGAACAAAUUCAGCUUUAAGCAUAAACAGACUUUAUCCUGCUUUUAAUAACCAGCCAGACAAAACGAUUGGUUCUGCAAUUCUUGUAUAAACUGUAAAGUCUCCUCUGAGAACUCUCCUUCCACUAAUAAUAAACUCCCACUUACCGGUUGUGAUGUGGUUGCCUAGACAACAGAAUUGGGCUUUCCUUGUUGCCAAGGAGACAGUCAUUGAGGCUGCUUAAAAAUGAAUAGGAUGUGCUUAGGUCUAAUAGUUUUAAACAUUUAAAAACAUGUCUUUUUUUCCCACAUGAAAUAUAUGAUUCAGAUGCAUUGUGAAGUACAGCAUAUGGACAGAAUUAAAAUGUUAUUUAAACUA